AUGAUGAAGUUUAAAUUUUAAUGUCAUAAAUUAUUUUUUAAGAGGAUAUAAUAUUUUGAUAAUUAAAUUAUCACGUUUAAAUUAUGUAAUAUUGAUAGCCUUGUUCUCAAGAUUAACCAACAUAAUUAAACUUACAUUAAAAAUUCAUUUUGA